CUCGGUCCUCGCUCCAGGACGUGAUCGGCUCCAUGCUGGGAGUCCUGCUGCAGUCGCUGGUUCACUUCCCAGCUCUCCUCGCAGACUUCUACCUGUCUGGGCUGCAGGAGGAAGGGAAAGGCACCGAUCCGGAUUUGGACGAAUGGCACUCCUUCGUACAGGUACAGAAUGGGCAGAGCACCACUGAGGAUGGAGUCACACCUGCUGUCAAGGAUGAUGGAGAGAUCAAGGAGAUCAAUAUUACACAUGUGGUCAAGGAGGGCUCGGAGAAGGCUGAUGCUUCUCAGUUUGAACUGCUCAAAGUCCUGGGACAGGGAUCCUUUGGAAAGGUGUUUCUUGUGCGAAAGGUGACGGCUCCUGAUGCCAACCAGCUGUAUGCCAUGAAGGUUCUGAAGAAGGCCACGCUCAAAGUGAGAGAUCGUGUGAGGACCAAGAUGGAGAGGGACAUCCUGGCAGAUGUCAACCACCCAUUUGUCGUCAAACUACAUUAUGCUUUCCAGACUGAAGGGAAGUUGUACUUGAUCCUGGACUUCCUCCGAGGAGGCGAUCUGUUCACUAGGCUCUCCAAAGAGGUGAUGUUCACGGAGGAGGAUGUGAAGUUUUAUCUGGCAGAGCUGGCGUUAGGACUGGACCACCUUCACAGUCUGGGCAUCAUCUACAGAGACCUCAAACCUGAAAACAUCCUCCUGGACGAGGAGGGACAUAUCAAACUCACAGAUUUUGGUUUGUGUAAAGAAGCCAUUGAUCAUGAGAAGAAAGCGUAUUCCUUCUGUGGUACUGUGGAGUACAUGGCACCAGAGGUCGUGAACAGGCAGGGACACAUUCACAGCGCUGACUGGUGGUCAUUUGGAGUACUGAUGUUUGAGAUGUUGACAGGAGCGCUGCCAUUCCAAGGGAAGGACCGCAAAGAAACUAUGAACCUGAUUCUGAAGGCACGUCUGGGAAUGCCUCAGUUCCUGAGCGCUGAGGCCCAGUCUCUGCUCCGGGCUUUGUUUAAGAGGAACCCGGCCAACAGGUUGGGAUCCGGUGCUGACGGUGCAGAGGAAAUCAAACGACAUGGUUUCUUUUCAACCAUAGACUGGAAUAAACUCUUCAGGAAAGAAGUAAAGCCUCCGUUCAGACCGGCAGUGGCACGUCCAGAUGACACCUUCUACUUCGACUCUGAGUUCACUUCACGCACUCCUAAAGACUCCCCUGGUGUCCCCCCCAGUGCUGGAGCUCACCAGCUCUUCAGAGGCUUCAGCUUUGUGGCGUCGACUCUUUUAGAGGAGGAAGGUUUAGUGGAGCCGGUCCGGCCCCCCCCACACCCAGUCGUCCAGCAGCUGCAUGGGAAGAACCUGCUGUUCAGCGACGGAUACGUGCUGAAAGAAGACAUCGGAAUGGGCUCCUUCUCCGUCUGUAAACGAUGCAUCCACAAAGCCACCAACACAGAAUAUGCCGUCAAGAUGAUCGAUAAGACCAGCACAGACCCAUCAGAGGAGAUUGAGAUUCUGCUCAGAUAUGGACAGCAUCCCAACAUCAUCACACUGAAGGAUGUUUAUGACAACGGUAAGCAGGUGUUCAUGGUGACGGAGCUGAUGCGUGGAGGAGAGCUGCUGGAUCGGAUCCUCAAACAGAAGUUCUUUUCAGAGAGAGAGGCCAGUGCUGUGCUGCACACCAUCACCAAGACUGUAGAGUAUUUACAUUCACAGGGGGUGGUUCACAGAGACCUGAAGCCAAGCAACAUCCUGUACGUUGAUGAGUCAGGGAACCCAGAGUCCAUCAGGAUCUGUGACUUCGGCUUUGCGAAGCAGUUACGUGCCAACAACGGCCUGCUGAUGACCCCAUGCUACACAGCGAACUUCGUGGCCCCUGAGGUGCUGAAGCGUCAAGGUUACGAUGAAGGAUGUGAUAUCUGGAGUCUGGGGGUCUUGCUGUACACCAUGUUGGCCGGUUUUACUCCAUUCGCUAACGGACCCGAGGACACCCCGAAUGAGAUCCUGAACAGGAUAGGAAACGGGCACUUCAGCCUGACUGGAGGGAACUGGGACACAGUGUCUGACGCUGCCAAGGACCUUGUGUCCAAGAUGCUUCAUGUGGACCCCCAUCAGAGGCUGACCGCCAAGCAGGUCCUCAAACACCCAUGGAUUGUCCAGAGGGACAAGCUUCCCAACAGCCAGCUUCCCCACCAGGACCCCAAACUGGUCAAGGGUGCCAUGGCAGCCACAUACUCCGCCCUGAAAAAUUCCCAACCCACUCCAGAGUUAAAGCCCAUCGAGAGCUCCUUCUUGGCCCAGCGACGCGUCAAGAAGCUUCCCUCCACUUCUCUGUAAAGACUCAAAAAAAAAAAACAAAAAAAACAGCCAAUCAGCUCAUUGGAGACUGACCAAAAGCGCACCUGUUGGCUCCAAACCACUCAGUCAGCUUUGCUCGGAGGACUCUAGUGUCCAUCCGUUAACUUACCAGCCAAGGAACACUGACUGUGGUCCUGCCCUCCAUCUUUCAUGAAUUCCCGCUCUUUGCCGUCAUCCACCUCGUUCGGGCUCAGUCAGCUGCUGUUUUUCGGACUAGCAAAAAAAAAAAAAAAGAUCUCGACAGUGGACGGGUGCGCGACGAGCGCGACAAAAGGCUGCAGUUUUUUUUUUUGGCCGAUGUAUUUGUGCUACGUGAAUGUGUGCUUGUGUGCGAGUGCGUGCGAGUGCGUUCGUGCAUGACCUGCCACUAAAGUCAAAACGCCGCCACGUUUUUUGAUUGUGACAAUUUUUCUCUCUCGUCAUCGUUGCUGGAAUUGGGUCGUCAUUCGGCUUGCUGCACGCUUGUCUGUCCGCCUGUUUUCAUUGUCUGUCUUCCUGUUCUUUUUUGUAAAGUUGAUGAGCUUUAUAUUACCGGUUGUGCUGCCAAAUCAACCUGUGCCGACAGCAUAAAACCACAGAACUGUCCAAAACUGCUGUUAAAUGUUUUUGAAAGAGCAUUAUUAAUAUGAAUAUUGAACAUUUCUGCCAUAAACGCCUCUUUGGCUUUGGUACAAACCAGAGAAAUGUCAAACGCUGUUGUUUUGUCAGUCUAUGGUUGUAUUUUGUUUAACAGAGUGUGUAUGUGUGUGUGUGUGAGUGUGUAUGUUAGUUGCAUGAAUUGCAGUGUGUGUCUUGCAGGAUGCUGCAGGGUCAUGUGCAUGGUCCAGUGACGUGAUGAUAUCUCCCUUGUUUCUUCUUCUACUACUUCUCUCUUUUCUCUGCUUGGUUAAAUCUGCUGGCAACCAUUUGAGAUGUCUGUUAUUUUUAUGACUACAACAUUAAAAUAGUAAACUAGGUGGCUUUCUGUGAAAGAAACUUGCCCAAGGAACAAUGUGGCAUGUUAAAAAAAAAAAAAAAAAAUCUAUAUUUGCUUUGUUUUCUUUGCUGUUUCCUUCUGUUUAUUUUCCUCUGUGUUUCUCGCAAAUUGAACGCUGUUUCUUGUGUUGGCUGCUUUUGUUUCUGAAUGUUUUCCCUUUUUUUUGUCUAAAGAAAGUGGUGAUUUAAAAAGACAUGCUGACAAGAAAUCAGUCUGUGGACUUGAUGGCGUACAGGUCUCUCCUUCUGUUGUGAAAUGCAAAAAAAA